AGGUUCUGUGUCUCUUCAUCAGCAGCGUUGUCCGGAUCGAUCGCUCGACCAUCGGCUUUUCUCUCCUUUGUUUGGAUUUUCCUUUCUGUCUAUUCUUGGAUGUUCGAGGUUCCACUCGUCUCCCCUGGGUGUCUGCUCUAUGAUUCUGCGAUCGAUUCGCCGUCCUCCCUAUCUCGCCCAUUGUCUGCUCCCUUGCUCGGCGCUCCUUCCACCUCCUCUAUGAACGCAGGCUGCUCGAUGACCUCGACUAUCCAUUCCUUUCUCCUCCAGUGCAGGUCCUGAGCUGGCCCCGGCUCGGCGUUCUAUUGACGCGCCUGGUCAGUCUGUCUGGUCGUUGUUUCGGCGGUCGUUCUCUUCAGCCUACCUAUGAAAGCCAUAGUCUGGGGCACCAAGCAGCCGUCUGCCUCGUCCGGGGUCCGCCUGAUUGUCUCCCAAUCGGGUUAGCGCGCUCGUCUAGCUCAGUGUGAUCGGCCAUCGCUGCAUCUCUCCUAGCUGGCGAUGAAUGGCUGCUGCUGCUGGCGGAGUCGCUGAGAGCCAAGCACCGGAGGCGGGAACCGGGGGCAGCGGACCGCGGUGAGAGCAGGAGGACCAAAGAGCGGCCUCUGUAUCCUCCCCCUCCGUCUGUCUCUUCCCACCUUCACUUGUCAUCAUGUCUCAGACUCUGCAAAUGGAGAUUCCUAACUUCGGGAACAGCAUUCUGGAGUGCUUGAACGAGCAGCGCCUCCAGGGUCUGUACUGCGAUGUCUCCGUGGUGGUCCGUGGUCACCAGUUUAAAGCCCACCGGGCCGUCCUGGCCGCCAGCAGCUCCUAUUUCAGAGACCUGUUUCACAGCAGCAAGAACCCAGUGGUGGAGCUACCUGGUUCUGUCCAGCCACAGUCUUUCCAGCAGAUCCUGAGCUUCUGCUACACUGGACGGCUCAGCAUGAAUGUAGGAGACCAGUUCCUGCUUAUGUACACAGCUGGCUUCCUGCAGAUCCAGGAGAUCAUGGAAAAGGGAACAGAGUUCUUCUUGAAGGUCAGCUCACCCAGCUGUGACUCGCAGGGUCUACAUCCUGAAGAAACUCCCAGUUCCGAGCCACCAAGCCCCGCCACAACAGCAACCGUCGCUGCAGGAGGCACAGCCAUGACCCCUCUGUCCUCUUCUUCAUCCUACAACACCUCACGAGCUCCCCGGGUGAAGACUGAGAGCCAGGAGUCGGAGGCCGUGCAAUGCACCCCUGUGGCCAAGAGACUGUGGGAUGGGGGACAGAAAGACGCAGGAGGAGCGAAUCGGAAGGUGCCGCGUUUUUCCCAAGGAGCAGCUACUGGACCAGGCGGCCCAUCGGGGGGAGCAGCGGCGGCUACAAUCGGUUCUGAGAGAACCAGCCCAGGAACGUCCAGUGCGUACACAAGUGACAGCCCUGGGUCCUACCACAAUGAGGAGGACGAGGAAGAAGAGGUCACAGAGGAUGGAACAGAAGAGCAGUACCGACAAAUCUGCAAUAUGUAUACAAUGUACAGCAUGAUGAACGUCAACCAGGCCGGUGAGAGAGACAGUGGGGGCAUCAUCGAAUAUUCUUUGAAUUCUUCAGCUGAGAAGGUGGAGGCUUUGCCUGAUCCCGUCUUCUCAGACUCGAGGAACCGCGUUCGCGUCAAGCAGGACCUGGCCACGCUACCGGCUGAACUCAUCAGCCAGAUCGGAAACCGCUGUCACCCCAAACUCUACGAAGAAGGAGAUCCUGCUGAGAAGAUUGAACUAGUAACAGGAACCAACGUGUUUAUUACCCGGGCUCAGCUGAUGAAUUGUCAUAUUAGUGCUGGAACGCGCCACAAGGUCCUACUCCGCCGGUUACUGGCCUCCUUCUUUGACAGGAACACUCUCGCAAACAGUUGUGGAACAGGAAUCCGCUCGUCCACCAAUGACCCCAGCAGGAAGCCCCUGGAUAGCCGAGUGUUGCACGCUGUCAAGUUUUACUGCCAGAAUUUUGCCCCGAACUUCAAGGAGAGCGAGAUGAACGCCAUCGCAGCGGAUAUGUGCACAAACGCCCGGCGUGUGGUGCGCAAGAGCUGGAUCCCAAAGCUGAAGCUGCUGAUGGCCGAAGGAGACGCAUACACGUCUUUCAUCAACGACACUGGCAAGAUGGAGCCCGACCUGAUGGGGGCGGCCACCGGAGGCGACCAUGGCACCGGCUUCGACGGCGAGCCAGGCGAGGGGAUGCCCUGAUACCCUCCUGUAACGGGGGCCCACGCAUGUAAAUAUCGCCCUCUGUCUUCACUGAGGGAGGAGGGGGGUAGAGGACAAUGUGGCACUCAGGAGGUGGACUAUAAUCUAAACGCCGCAGUAGGAGGUGCUAAGUAUGACUGGGUCGCUGCUGCACGAACUAGAGACUGGUGUGGAGGUACUCGGUAUCACUAUACACUGCUGCAUGAGGUACUCUGUAUCAUUUAGCGCCCCGUGUUCCAUUAUCAGUAUACAGUUAUACGCAGUGUCAUUAUAUAGCGCAGCGUGUACAUUAUCAGUGUAUAGAGAUACUCCGCAUCGUCAUACAGCACGUCAAAGGUCGUAGAGCUGAAACAGAGAUUCACUUGUAAAUAAAUACUUUGCGUCAUUUUAUAGUGCAGUCGAGGUAGAAGUACGGUAAUCUCAC